AAGCAAUCAUGGAAGUCUUGCAUGAAGACAUACUGCUCUUGAUUGUGGACUACCUCCAACACAAAGGCCUGUACAAAAGUGUCGCAGUCCUCCUAGAAGAAUCCGACAUUGACACCACAUGGCUAUGCGGCCCCAGUGCCUUUGUGUCCCAGUUGCGACGGUGUAUAUUGGGCGGCGAUUAUGAGCUCGCCGUAGAGCUACUGGAACCACUUCUGGACCUCGACCAACCUGCUUAUCGUUCGAUGGUGUCGGUGCUUCUGACGCACGCGUAUUGCGCUGCUUGUGUUGCUAUGGAAACACCCCAAGCUCGAAUCAAGUGGUGGCAACGACUGAAAAAGGUCGCCCCGGCGGCGGCGACCGGUCUCAAACAUCUCGUCUAUGUCGUGGAUGUGCAAGCAACGUUUCGAGAAACUUUCGGCUCGUGGAAUGUCCAUUUCGAACGUAUGCGUUGCUAUCAGCAACUCGUGGCAAGUCUGCGGGAUGUGCCUGACAACAUGCAGCGAUACACAACAAUCCCCCGCUUGCAUUUGCAGACCUUGUUGGGUCAAGCCAUGUCUUAUCAAGAGUUGCAACGCCACAACCAGGACAUCAUGCACGAGUAUACGUCUGAUGGUGCUACCACGACAUUGCUUGGACGAGAGACAAGACCCUUGUGGUGGGAUUGCUUGUCAUCUGAAUGGACAUGCCGACAGCAUCCACCCAACACCAGCGCACUCUAUCUCAACCUCCCACGAGCACCUUUCGAUCCGAAUGUAACCGACAAGAACCACCCAGUCCACACAACACUUGCAAGCACGAGGCGAUCAUACCCCUCCUCUCACCACGCUCCUGAAGAAUGGCCCACCUAUGUCUGCCCUCCAGUGGAUGUUGUGCCCCCAACCAUCUCCAUAUCACUGGAAGACAGUUCCAGUCAAACUGACGAUGAACCUAUUGGAGGAAUAAAAGUCGAUCGAUCGAGCCAGACAAAACUAAUUGAUAAACCCUGCGCGACAAUGACCACCCAGACCAACGCCCCGCCACAGCUCCACCACCAACUCGUCCAAGCUUGUAUCGUCGGCCAAGACUGCCCUACUCAAACAGAUGAGGCUCCCGCACCAGCCAGAACUCACUCGAUCUCCAUUCAAACGACUGCAGUGACCUCGCAAUCCUGGGCCACACAGACCACGAUGGACGGCAAACCAACUUCUACACCGCUAGUAGUCGUCCACGCUGAAUGUCAAACAACAUCAGGUGGCUCGACGAUGCAACCCCCAGGGACCUUUAGCCCUUUGCGUCGUUCGAUUACGCAUUUCUCCAUCGAAAGAAACAAUCAACUGAUUCACGAUGGUAGCCCCCCCAUCAACUAUCACUCCCACCCUCGAGCACUUCGACACGAACGAUCGGAGGAUUCUUCGAGUUUGGAUCCCCGCGAGCCGCAUGAUGAAGUUUACGACGACGAGAUUGAUCUGGAUCAGUCAAACUACAGGGCGUCAGCAGCUUCCAGUCCACACAAAUCAGACCUCCACCAUGUUAUCCCUGUAGCCACAGUUGUACCAGCAACGGAAACAACAAGGGGGGGGCUGAGUCGACUUCCAAACCCAGUUCAGCCAUUAUUAUCAUCCCGCAACGAUAUGAUUCGACUUUCGGUGGGCUUGGGUCCUGUUGACACCUCAUUGUUUCAUAAUGUCCAGCUCUCGCCCCAGACGAAUGCCAUCACAUCGUCACAGCCCCUCCUGUUUGCUCCUCCAAUUAAACCACGCGAUCAACAACGUAUCACCCCGCCAGUGUCUCGCCCACCUGCCCGCUUCUCCUCCACGACUCCUAAUGCAUGGACUGAACCGCAAACAGUAUCGCACACAAAUCAGCAGCACGUUUUACAGCCACUACUGCAGCAGCAGCAACAACAACCACCCCCUCCUCUGACACUCGGCACCGUGCUCAAGUUUACCCGACAAGAAAACGCGGAGCGAUAUCAUGCUACCGUCGUGGCGGAAACAAGAGAAGCGCAAGCAAUCCGAGCUAUGGCCAUCAGUCACAGCGGCAAGUACGUCGCUAUGGGAACCAACGCCCGGGUGCUUCGAGUGCUCAACAUUCACGACGCCGUCUCCAAGUCCAACGGGCAACCCCUGGCCACUCGACAAUUAUUACCCGUCGUGAGUGAACACUACAAGCACCACAGUGGUCCCAUUUAUAGCGUGGCGUGGCACCCUCGUGAUGGGUUGGUGGCUACCGGUUCGAGCGAUGCGAGCAUUCAUAUCGUCAAGCCGUUCGCGUUGGAUGCACCGCCACUCGUGUUGGCAGGACAUCGAGGCAAAGUUCGAGCAGUGCAAUUCUGUCCACAGAAUGGAAAUAUAUUGGGAUCGGUGGGAUCGGGCGAUACCCUGGUGCGGCUCUGGGAUGUUCAAACUGCAUCCGACACCCCGUUGAUGCAAUUGCACGGACAUAUGGGCGAACUCACAUCGUUGGCAUUCCUGCGCUUGGGCGAUCGAUGUAUCACUGGGUCCCAAGACUGUACGGUCCGACUAUGGGACCUUCGAACCGGGAGCUGCCAAAGUAUGUUUCAGGCGUCUGCUCCAGUGCAAGCAGUAGCAUGUCACCCCCUUCAAUCCGAUUGGAAAAUUGCAGCGGGCUUGAGCGACGGCAGUUGUUUGGUGUGGGAUCGACGGCAAUCCGCAAUGCCAGUAGCAACUUUGCGGCACCACAGCAACGAGUGCCGCGUGGUGACGUGGUCCCCCGCCGACGGAAGCCUCCUGCUAACUGCGUCGUUUGACGGCACGACGUGUGUGCUGGACGACAACGGGAACGUGCGAGGAACGUUCCGAGAAAACAAGGAAAUGAUCUUGCAAGGUUGUUGGCACCCGAGUAUUCCAGCGUUCGCCACGUCCAGCGGCGACAAGAUGCUCAAACUGUGGAAAUUCACGGUGUAAACAGUUGGGGAAAAUGUCAUAUUUGUUGUUGUUGGG